AGUUUCACAGUUCAAAAAAUCCAUUUUCUCAAAAAAUGGGGUCCCUCAAGAAGCUCUAUCUACUUAAUAAAAGGGUAUCAUUACUUCACAGGGAUGGUUUAGGGUUUUUGCUCAUCCUACAUGGUAGCUUAAACCCUAAUUCCCCCAACUAUUUAUGCAAUGUUGAACGGCUCUCCAAGAAUUUGCAGCUGUAUAGUAAAAGAGUGGGACCCGUUAUCUCCAAUGCAAGGUUUCUUACCAGUUUUUCAGCGCCAGAAGCUGAGGAAAAGGGCAGUCGCUUUCUCUCUCUAAAAAACAGCAACACCCAGAAUACAGGUACUCACUUCCUCUGUCCUCAUCAUAUCAUGCAAGAAAUAGUGAGUAGUGCAGACGUUUCUCAAGCACUUGGGUUUUUCUUAUGGGCUUCAAAACAGGUGGAUUUCAGCAAAACACCAUAGAUUUAUGCAGUUAUAAUCCAUAUAUUAACCAGACGUAGAUUAUUCACAAGAGCUAAGACCUUUUAAAAGAAUUGAAUGUGAUCAUGCAAAAGAGUGGCCGUGAUUUUUCUUCUGAAGGCCUUUGAUCUCCUUAACGGUUUUCGAGGGUCGAGGGCCUAAAUUUAGCUUUGAAGUGUUUGAUGUCUUGAUAAUGGCCUUUACAAAAAAUUGAUCUCCUUGAUGAGGCCUACCAUGUAUUUUACAGAAUGAGAAAACCGAGAAAACUGCCUUGUCUCCAUGCCUGCAACUCUCUCUUAAAUGGGUUUCUUAAGACAGAGAAACUGGACAUCUUCUGGAGAUUGUUCGAUGAAAUGCUUCUUCGUGGGCUUGUUCCGAAUGUUUUCAUAUAUAACACUUUGAUCAAUGCCUGUUGUUAUCAAGGUGAUUUGCAAAGGGCUUUUCAGUAUUUGGAUGAGAUGGUGAGGAGAAAAGAGAAACCUAUUGUUGUUACAUACACAAGUCUCAUUUGUGGGUUGUGGAGAGAGGAGAAGAUUAACCGAGCAAUUAACAUUUUUAGAAGUAUGGAGAGUUGGGGUGUGCUUCUGAACCUUUACACGUACAAUUCCAUGGUUGAUGGCCAUUGUAAAAUGGCUAAUGGGAAAGGAAGACUUGUUUUAUACAGUGAAAUGUUGGGCAAAUGCUUAAAACCAAAUGUAGUUACAUUUAGUACACUAAUUGAUGGCCUUUGCAAGGAAGGGAAUUUAAAGAAAGCGAGACAAUUUUCUGUGGAAAUGAUCAAAUAUGAAGUAUUUCCAAACACUCUUGUAUAUAAUUGUUUAAUUAAUGGUCAUUGUAAGGCCUCUAACUUAGACGGGGUUUUCAACCUUUACAGAGAAAUGUUAAGAUUUGGCAGUGGUUUACCUGAUGACUUCACUUAUAUCAUACUAAUAAAAGGGCUCUGUGACUUGGGAAGAGUUCCAGAGGGCACUGACUUGUUUAGGAAAAUGGAGAUUGAUGGGAUUGCUCCAAACUGUAUUACUUAUAACACUCUGAUUGAUGGGUAUGGUAAAAUAAGGGUUAUGGAUGAAGCUUUGAAGCUUUGCUCAGAUCUGAUGGAGAAGGGGAUAAUGCCCAAUAUUAUCACAUUUUCUUCAUUGAUAGAUGGGUAUUGCAAAGAAGGCAAAAUUGAAAUUGCUACUGGUUUAUAUUCUGAAAUGGUGGUGGCCUAUACAGCUCUAAUCAAUGGGCACUUCAAAUGUGAUAAUCUAAAAGAGGCCAUGCGACUAUACAAGGAAAUGGUUGAAAAGGGCCUCGAAGCUAACGUUAUCACUCUAAGUCGCAUCGUUGAUGGAUUGUGCAAAGUUGGAAGAGUACAUGAUGCAAGAACCAUUUUUAUGGAGAAAAUGGCAUAUGGGUCCAUUGGGAACAGUCAUAAUGAAGAGUGUCUAAUUGAUGAAAAGGCUGAAGUUUAUAAUUGUAAACCGAAUAUUAUUACUUACACCAAUUUAAUUUAUGGAUUUUGUAUAAAUGGACAGAUUCUAGAGGCUCUUAAGAUUUAUAGGGAGAUGUGUGAUCUUGGCUUUAAGCCUGUUGUGUUCUUGUACAUUGUUGUUAUAUGGGGACAAUGCAGAGAAGGGCACAUGGUUAAUGCAAUGAUUUUACAUGGGGAGAUGGUGAAAACAAGACUCUUGCCUAAUGCAAUUACAUAUCAUGUAUUGGGUCUGGGUUAUCACCGAUAUGGUGAUUACUUAUCAUUUGACAGGUGCUCUCUAGAGUGCUCAUAACAAGAGUUUUGAGUCUUACGUCAUAGUGUCGCAUAUUUCCCUGGAUCUAUUGUGAGAAAGAGAAAUUCUAUGUUUAAUGAAUGGCCAUUAAGAGGGAUAUCAGGAUCUCUUGGGAAAAUGAAUUGGGUUGAGGAUUAUCUAUAGAGCAGAGAUUCAAAUAACCCUAGCAAGGAAAUCUCAAUUCCAAUUUUUUCCAGAACACAAUAAUGUCUUUCUUGUGCCUCAUAUAUGGUAUGGUUCCAUCAUAUGUGGCUCAGCCUUGUCAUCCACACAGAGCACUCUGAGGCUGAUGGUCAAUUAUGGUACCUUAAGGAUUUCAAGAAACAAUGAAGAGUUGUUUCUCCAAAAGUGGAGAUUGACGAUAGAUGAUACUAUCACCAACAAGGAGGGCAGAAGGAAUCAACAAAAGCGAUCGAUGGAAAUAAUCCCUAGCCUGAGGAAAACCCUGAUAUCACCAUCAAUAUCAAACGCUUUAAUAAGAAGGCAAAUACAAGAUAUUGAUAUAUCUCCCCUUCAAACACCAAUAAGUACUCAAACUCUUAGUACUAAAACCACAUACUUGGAAACAACAUAUAUUCUUUUGCUGAUUAUAGAAAAUAACCACUAGUUGAAAAACCCGAUUGAAGUAGCUGUCAUAUAUUUAAGGCAACAUAUGCAUCCCAAUAUGAAUGAAAGAUGCAGAGAAUGAUAUGAAAAUAUCCUUAUGGAAACAUGUUCGGUAUUUAUAGUAUAAUAUUACCGAAACAAUGAUACAUAAAUAACAUAUUUCAAAUUUCAAAUGGAAAGGGUUAUUUCUUACCAAGAAUGGGAACUAGAUCCUUUAAAAUCAAGGAUCACCAAUACGAAAGGAUUUAAAAUCAAAGCCUAUCACUACUUCGAAUAUAUAAAAGCUCGAGAUGAAGUUUUUGCAUACCAGAAUACAAAAAAUUCACAUAGCUGGUAUAUUCAGUUUAAAUUAACUAAGCCAAAUGAGUUUCUCACUUAGUUUAAAAAUUGGUUCUCUAUAUGGGGAUCAUCAAAUCAAAUUCUACCUACAAAUCUAUAAAUUUCACAGAGAAAAUUCUCUAAUUACAAUAGUCAAUGUCUUAAAAGAGAUUAUCAUAUAUAUUUUAUGAUAUUAUAUCAAGUCCCGUGGAUUUUAAAAUGGGAUUAUCAAAUCUCAGAAGAUCCUAUGGAUAGGUGGGAUUAUAUUCCUAAAGUAAAGAGACAAAUAUACAUCAAAUGGUGUGAUAGUUAUAAAAAUGAAUCCCUCAGUCCAGACAAAAAAAAAAAAAAACUUAUAUCUUCAGUUUCAUUUCAAAAAGGAAAAAUGAAAAUAGCAGAAUAUGUUGCAAUAUUACAGCAACAAAGCCUUAAACUAUAUAAAGAAUAGCUUACAAGAAAGCUCUGGAGUGCUAUAGAAGACAAUAAAAAAAUGUCUACCUCUACUCAAAGUGAUGAACAAGAAAACUACAGUCCAAUGAACGGUGAUGACUGUGCAGGCAUUGAAUUUUCUUAAAAGUAAAAAAAAUUCACAGAGGGACCUGGACGACUCCACCCAUAUCUAGGACACGUGUCCCUUCACCGACAGAACCGACUGUCUACUAUAGCCGUCACCGACAGGAUCUCCUUUUUACUGUAGCCACUGCAAAUAGCUAACUAAAGCAGACUGUAGCCACUACAAAAAGCUGACUAAAGUAGAUAAGCAUCUUGGAAAAGAUUGUCGGUGUGGAUUUCAAAUCUGCCUAACUCCUCUGGCUAUAAGAAGAAGAAGCGGAGUUGUUUACAAGUCAUCCUUCUUUUGCGUCUUUCUCUUUCUCUCUCUUAGUGGAUAUAUCUGGAGGUGUAUCCAACCAUCUAGUUUUCCUUUUUUUGAGUCUGUAAAUGUGUGAGAGAUUGAUGAGUGCUUAAGUAUAUGUGUGAUUUCUCUUGGAGUUCAAGUAGUUAAGAUUAGCAAUUAAAGUCUUGUUGUUGCAUAUUCUCGUCUGGGAAAUGUAAGUUUUUAUAGUUAUUUA